UAAUUUCCUGACCAGCAUGUUAUAUACACUCCAUACCAGUUGGUGGCGGUAACGUACCAACUUGUACACUGUCAGAUGAAGAAUGUAUCCGGACUGUGGCAGUCAUGCUCAGUAGCUUGCAAGUUGUUUUAAAAAAAGACAAAUAGAUUUAUUUUUAUUUAUCGUAAAGUGAGAAAGAAGAGACUCCCCACUACGGCGGUGGAUCUCACUAUAAGGUGACACCAUGCUCCUGGAGCCCGCAGCAGCUGGAGAUCGACACGUUUGACCUAGACGCCGCUGUCACUGCUGCUGUCAUGGGAACAACGACGAGUGAGCCGUGCAUCUACGACAAACUGUCCGAAAGCAUCGACAUCCUCCGGCAGUCGGGCUACCGCUACGGCAUGUCAGAGAGGGAGAUUGAGAGGUUCAUCAAGCAGGUCCUGGAGACCAACGAGCCCAGGAGAGAGCCUCCCCAGUUCCCCAUCCUGAGAGCCACCAUAAAGUUUGUGGUGGCAGUGUGCUUCCUGCUGGUGGUGGUGCUGGCCUUCACCUACCCUCAAAGUGCCCCGCAGCUGGGUCUGGUCGGCCUGGGCUGUUACAACUGGUCAUCCCCACUCAGCCAUGUCCGCCUGCUGUCCCUGCCCAUCGCCAAGAAGUAUAACCUGCAAGGUUUUCAUGAAUGGUGGAGUGUUGGCUCUCUCAGGCAGAGUCUGGUCAACUGUUCGGGUUGUGCAACAAUCUCAUCGGUGCUAGAAGUCCCAGAGAGCCUCAGAGGGACCGUGACUCUACGACGGGGGCCACAGCUUGUCCUGCUGAAGGGUGGGGAGUCCCUCAGUGUCCAGAGGCAGCAGCUUGAGGAGCUCUACUUGGCCCAUUCAGGUUCCAUGUCCAUUCUGCUGGAGGAGGACAACGGCCUGCAGAACCACAACCUCGGCCUCCCCGAAGGACCCGCCAACUUCACUCUGCUCUGGAGGUUCAGCUCUGGGACCAGGGAGAAGGUGUUGAGGUGGCUCUUCCCGAAGGCUGAACUCUGCCCCCUGCUGGACAGUGCUGGGACCAUCGUGCAGCGCUGCCUGGUCACCCACAGCACAAACUCUCAGAGCAAGGGUGUUGGGGUCUUUGGCUGGCUGGUGGUGGGUGAGGGGCUACCAACAGUUCGAGUUCUGCCUGUUCAACGCUGUCAGAAACACUGCAGCUCCUUCAACCUUUGGCUGACACCGGGAGACAUGGUGUACGCUGACCCUCGGUACUGGCAGAUGGAGCUGUUCCCUGGCCGAGGGCAGACCAUCAUCUGUGACGGUUCAGCCUUUUAACCUUCAGGUGCACAAAGUGGAGGAGGACAGAGUUCAGGACUGGGGUGACUUCCUGCUGAGGUGUUUUCAGAACUCGUCUGCCUUUCUGUGGCCCCGCCCACUGAUGCCUUAUAACCCUCCGAUUUUUAUUUCUGUUCCACCGCCCGUCUGACUGUCCUCCCAGUGUCCUUGGAGAACUGGAAACCACUACACACAUGACUUCUGUUUGGACAAAGAGACCUCCUGCAGGUUUCAAGGGUCGUGGUCAGAGGACUGAAGAAAUUACUUUUUGACUUUGUCCUUGUGUAUAACAGCAGAGCAUCAACUCGCUGCAACUCUCAGAUGUCCUGGAUGUGCUGUGCUCGUGCCAUAGCUUCAAGCUGAUCUCUAGCAAUUUAAAAAUAAAUUUGGGUGUGCCUCUCUCUCGGAAGGUAGUGAAACACUGUUGAUCUGGAUCCAGACCUCUGAAUCACAGCCCACAUUUGUUCAUUGAUUCAUAGGUCUGAUGUUGUGCUCUUCUAAGGCUCUUUGGUUAUUGGUCAAUCGGAGCUUCGUAGGUUGGAUUAGAACUGGCACAAAUUUCUUUAGUCAACAUGUCAAACUCUUCUGCCAUGUCAACUGAAAAUGAUUAUGACUGGACGGAUAUAUCAGUCACUGCUGAAUGGUUAGAGCUAAAAAUAAACGUCCCUCAGCUAACAGGAACACGUGAGACAGAAGAAUGAGAAGAAACAAAGCAGACAUUCAGUCUAAUUAUCGGGCACCUGCAGCUGUUAAAUGGUACAUAUUCUUGCAUUUAAUCAACUUAUAACCAAACUGAGUUUAGGAAGAGCGGGAGCUCAAUAAAGACCUUUUAUAUUUUAGCUCCCGGCCCCUCGUAAAUCCGUCCCUGGCUGAUUAUUUCCAUCCAGUCAUCGAGCAAUCACUCUCUUUGCAGCGCAUUCUAGGAACAUUCUAGGAAGUGAACGUUGUUGGUGUCUGGACUUCGUCGAUGUUCACUACCUCCUAAAGUUUUGAGACGCUUCUGCUCUUCAUCUGGUUCUUUCCCUGAUGUUAAAGGAGGCCAGUUCACCCAAGUUACAAUAACCACCAUUUUCUUACUUAUCUCUGGUAUCUAGAACAACCAGACACGUUUUUCUGACCUUUUGAUUAUUUUGUUUAAUUUCUAGGCCUGUUUUGGUUUUUUACAUAUUAUUUAACAAGACAAGUUAUUACCAAAACAAUCCACCUUAUUCCUUCAUGGGGGGGGGGGGGGAUAAAACAAAUUAUAUGCUGCUUUAUGACAACCUCCAAGGUUCAUUUUCAGGGGAAAAAUAACUCUCAGAAAUCAAAUAUAGCUCACGUUUUAGAUGUUACAUUAGUUCCUGUACUUAGCUUGUUGCUACAUGAUAAUUUCCAAAAAUACUUGGACAUUCAAAAGCAGUGUUGUUUUUCUCAUUGUCUUGUGGUGAGAAUUUAAUUUCUGCAUCAACACAACCGACUACAGCUGAGUAAAUUCACCAGCCAAGGUCGGAGACUGAACCUCGAGUAAUCUCAGCACCUCGUGGGUUAUUUAGAGUAACUGGGACACUGUUUCUAAAUUAAAUGUUCCUGUUGAUUUUUUUACAUUUAAAUUUUGCAUUAAUGUGGAGGAAGAAAUCUCAGACAUAUUUUAAAACCUGGACAAAUGAAACCAAAAGUACCUGACUGGAGAGAUAAUAUAAUAAAACCAAAGGGAAGAAAGAAAAUGUAUUUUUGUAAUUUGGGUGAACUGACUCUUUAACAUCCAUUUAUUACUCUAACAUUUACUCUAAAGUUUAUUUUCAUCGUUUAUCAGACUCUGCUUCUUUUUAAAUUUAGAUUUUACUAAUUUACAACAAAGCUGCUUUACUGAUUUCAGUGUUUGUUAUAAUUUUGUGUGUAUAUAUGUUCAAGCCAUUCAUUUUAAUAAUACUGUGCUAAUAUAAUGUAAUAUUAUUACACUUUUGAUUACUUGUGGUUAUCAGUACAGAGUUCAGACAGAAGUUAACGUCACAAUGAUGCAGCGGAGGAUAUAUUUUGUGCAUAAUCAGGGUUUCCAUGGGUCGUUAAAAAGUAAUAUUAAAUCAGUUUGCCAAAGUUGAUGCCUGUUAAAUGUGAGUUUCUGUGAUUAAUAGACGAUCUCUCUUUUUGUUUUAGCGUCCCAAAACUCCCCAAACAUCACCAGUUGAGGGUGCUUGAUCAAAAUAACGGAGUGAAACUUUUUAUUUUGCAUAGAAAUUUCACAGUUUUAUGAGAAAAUUAAAACGUGACACGUA